UGCAGUCGGCGCCGCGCCGCGCCGCUUUCCGGACCUCCCCCGAGGCCUAGCUGCAGUCGGGCGCGGGGCGCGCCGCCGCCGGCCUUCGGCGCCAUGUCGGAGAGCGGGGCUCCAGGGCCGCAGGAGGAGAACCUACAGGGCUCCUGGGUAGAAUUGCACUUUAGCAAUAAUGGGAACGGGAGCAGUGUUCCAGCCUCAGUUUCUAUUUAUAAUGGUGACAUGGAAAAAAUUCUUCUGGAUGCCCAGCAUGAAUCUGGACGAAGUAGCUCCAAGAGUUCUCACUGUGACAGCCCACCUCGCUCGCAGACACCACAGGAUACCACCAGGGUUUCUGAAGUGGACACACACAGCAUUGGGGAAAAAAACAGCUCUCAGUCCGAGGAAGAUUAUAUUGAGAGAAGGAGAGAAGUUGAAAGCAUCUUGAAGAAAAACUCAGAUUGGAUAUGGGACUGGUCGAGCCGGCCAGAAAAUAUCCCCCCAAAGGAGUUCCUUUUUAAGCACCCGAAGCGCACAGCUACGCUCAGCAUGAGGAACACCAGCGUCAUGAAGAAAGGGGGCAUAUUCUCAGCUGAGUUUCUCAAGGUCUUCCUUCCUUCUCUGCUGCUCUCUCAUCUGCUGGCCAUCGGAUUGGGGAUCUACAUUGGAAGGCGCUUGACCCCCUCCACCAGCACCUUCUGAUGGAGCGCAGCGCCGACCUGCUCGCAGUGGGGAUAGCGUCGGAGCCGGCCCAGCUGGAGAGCCCUCGUGGUCUGAGGGUGGCUGCACCACUUGUGUUUGUUCUGUAAACGCGGCUUUCCUAACUUGGUAGAUGGAAGAGCAGACGUUGAACUCAUGCUGACCUGUCACACUACACUGGGAUCAAUGGACAAGCAUGUCAGACGGAUGCUUACUGUAAACUUUGGUAGUAAGUUUCCUUUGGGUAUUAGGUAUAAAUAGUAUAAAUAAUUGUAAUGAACAAGUCAUGAUGUAUACACUAUUUAAAAACUAUCUGUAACCUUAAUUCAGCUGAUACACUUUAUAUUUCAAAAGAAUGAAUAACGUUGAUAGUGAACUCACUACAUUAAGAAGUUUGUCUAAAAGGAAUAUUGUGGCCUUAUAAUUAAACUAUGAUAGAAAGUACGAUGUAUGCAAUUGAAGUGAAAGCUGGUUGUCUAUAAAGAACACUUGACCCUGUGACCCAUGGAGUACAAAAUAGCAGCAAGGGAUGUGUGCAGACGCCCGAGCAGUCUGCUUCUUGCAGCGAGACUCCGGCCUGGCGGCCAGCCAGCCGCCCCUCCACAUUCAGCUGUCUGUUAGGUGCAGCAUGAAUCCCUUGUGUGCAAGUUUUGCGUGCUUUUAGCAGUCAGCUUUACUGUAAGCAAAUGUUUCCUUUGAAGGACUGGACAUAGUAAAACCAUGAAUCUGCCAAAUCUUUCAGCGAAUAUUGAAAUGAGUUAAUAAAAACAAAUAAAAAAGCUUCUAUUCAA